ACGCUGUCCAUCUCGCCUCGCGUGCGUGUGCGUGCGUGCGUGGCUUCUUGUAAUUUCUUCUCUCGUCUUCUCCUCCCUUCUUUCUUCUUCUUCUUCCUCCUUCCUUCCUUCCUUCCUCUCUCUGCGUUAGGUUUUUCCAUAGUUACACACAUCACACCUUUUUUUUUUCUUCUUCUCAUUCUCAUUCUCAUUCUUCUUCUCCACCGACACUCUCUUCUUCUCGGCCCCUAUUCGUCUCAUCCGCUGCGAACUCCAACGAUUUCCUCAACUUCUCGCUCGAUAAGGUAUGUUCGCCGCGUGAGUUUCUGGCUACCGCGAUGGCGUCCAAAGGUCCCAGGUCGAGGAUUGAUCACGAGAGCAGAGCCAAACGCCAGAAGGCUCUUGAAGCUCCAAGGGAGCCUCGGCGACCCAAAACUCAUUGGGACCAUGUCUUAGAAGAGAUGGUCUGGUUAUCAAAGGAUUUUGAGUCAGAGAGGAAAUGGAAAUUAGCUCAGGCAAAAAAAGUAGCUUUAAGAGCCAGCAAAGGCAUGUUAGAUCAGGCUACAAGAGGUGAAAAGAAGAUGAAGGAAGAGGAGCAGCGGUUAAGAAAGGUUGCACUUAAUAUUUCUAAGGAUGUUAAGAAAUUCUGGACAAAAAUAGAAAAACUGGUUCUUUACAAACAUCAAAUGGAACUCGAUGAGAAGAAGAAAAAGGCACUUGACAAACAGCUUGAGUUUCUAUUAGGGCAAACCGAGAGGUACUCAACAAUGUUGGCUGAAAAUCUUGUAGAUCCUUAUAAAUCAGCAGAGAAUAAUUCUGCAGAGCACCACAUGAGUAUUCAAUGCAAAGAUGUACAUGAUGUUAUUAAUGAACCUAAGGAAGCUGAUGUUGUAGAGUAUCAAUCAGAUGCAGCUGACAAUGAUGAAGAAUAUGAUGUACAAUAUGAUGAUGAAUCGGAGGAUGAUGAGCGAACAAUUGAGCAAGAUGAGGCUCUUAUAACUAAAGAAGAAAGGCAAGAGGAAUUGGCCGCUUUGCGUGAUGAAAUGGAUCUUCCAAUUGAGGAGUUACUUAAACGUUAUGCUGGGGAUAAAGGAGAAUCUGUAAUGAAAGAAAGUAGUCCAGAGCAUAGUGAAGAUGGUGGGAAAAUAGUUAGAGCUGGUGAUGAAAACGGAGAUGAUCUUUUAUCUGUAAGCAAAAUUGGCACAAGCAACUCCAGCAUAGUCUCUGGUCGACGUUGUGAUGAAAGUAAUGGUGAUGUUGCUACACCAACAAACAAUUUAUCUCAAUGUGAGAAUGGUCAAUCUGAAAAUCUAAAAGAGGUUCCCAGUGAGACAGCGAAUGAAGAUUUUUCAUAUGAUUUUACUGAUGAAGAGGAAGAUGGUGACUUUUUGCUUGGCAUAGAAGAUAAGGAUGAUGAAACAACCUUAUCUGAGGAGGAACAACUGGAAAGAGUUGAUGCAAUUGAUCCCAAGGACGAGAUUGCAUUGUUACAAAAGGAGAGUGUCAUGCCUGUUGAGGAAUUGCUUGCAAGAUAUAAAAGGGACCCAAGUGACGAUGAAGAUGGGGAAUAUGAAUCUGAUUAUGCUUCUGCUUUAUCAGAGAACAAUUCGGAUUCUCCAGUCCAUGAGGAUGCUGGGCAGAAGGAUCCUGCCAUUCCUAUGGAUGAAGAUAUCAAGUCUGGUGAGCACCUGGCUGCCAUACAGUCCCAGGAAGAACAGUGGGAAUCACCUCAUGAAAAUUUAGAAAAAAGAGAAAGUGAGGAUAUAAUUGCUGAUGCAGCAGCUGCUGCAAGAUCAGCACAACCCACUGGAAACACCUUCUCCACAACUAGUGUGCGUACAAAGUUCCCUUUUCUUCUCAAGUACUCUCUUCGUGAGUAUCAACAUAUUGGAUUGGAUUGGCUUGUCACGAUGUAUGAAAAAAGACUGAAUGGAAUUUUGGCAGAUGAAAUGGGGCUUGGAAAAACAAUUAUGACUAUUUCUUUGCUUGCACAUCUUGCUUGUGAUAAAGGGAUUUGGGGCCCACAUUUAAUUGUUGUACCAACUAGUGUAAUGCUUAACUGGGAGACUGAAUUUCUGAAAUGGUGUCCUGCCUUUAAAAUUUUGACUUAUUUUGGAAGUGCAAAGGAGCGAAAACUUAAAAGGCAAGGAUGGUUAAAACCUAACUCCUUUCAUGUAUGCAUAACAACUUAUAGAUUAGUUAUUCAGGACUCCAAAGUUUUCAAGCGCAAAAAGUGGAAAUACUUGAUCUUAGAUGAAGCUCAUCUCAUUAAAAACUGGAAGUCACAAAGGUGGCAGACACUCUUGAAUUUCAAUUCAAAACGACGGAUUCUCUUGACUGGUACGCCACUACAGAAUGAUCUCAUGGAACUGUGGUCUCUCAUGCAUUUCUUAAUGCCCCAUGUUUUCCAGUCGCAUCAAGAGUUUAAGGAUUGGUUUAGUAAUCCUAUAUCAGGGAUGGUAGAGGGUGAAGAAAAAGUUAAUAAGGAGGUUGUUGAUCGCCUUCAUAAUGUACUUCGUCCAUUCUUACUUCGUCGACUUAAGCGAGAUGUGGAGAAGCAACUUCCAAUGAAGCAUGAACAUGUCAUAUAUUGUAGACUAUCAAAGAGGCAGCGGAAUCUGUAUGAAGAUUUCAUUGCUAGUUCAGAGACCCAAGCCACACUUGCAAGUGCCAAUUUUUUUGGGAUGAUUAGUAUUAUCAUGCAACUUCGUAAGGUUUGCAAUCAUCCUGAUCUAUUUGAGGGUCGUCCUAUUGUCAGUUCUUUUGAUAUGCGUGGUAUUGAUAUUCAGUUAAGUUCUUCUGUUUGCUCCAUGCUUUUGCCUAGUCCCUUUUCAACGGUGGACCUAAGAGGUUUGGGUCUUUUAUUCACUCAUCUUGACUAUAGCAUGGCUGCUUGGGAAAGUGAUGAAGUACAAACUAUUGAGACCCCUGUGACUUUAAUCAUGGAACGUACUGAUAUGGCCGAACUAGAAGUAAUUAGGCCACAUAAAUGUCAAAAAAAGUUGCAAGGAACAAACAUUUUUGAAGAGAUCCAAUGGGCGAUCUGGGAAGAGAGGCUAAAACAGACGAAGGAACAUGCAGCAGCUAUUGCAUGGUGGAACUCCUUGAGAUGUAAAAAAAGACCCAUCUACUCGACAACUCUAAGGGAUCUUGUUGCCUUAAGACAUCCUGUAAAUGAUAUUCAUCAGGUGAAAGCAAACCCUGUUUCAUACUUGUACUCAUCAAAGCUAGCUGACAUUGUUCUCUCCCCGGUUGAACGAUUUCAGAAGAUGACUGAUGUGGUUGAAAGCUUCAUGUUUGCAAUUCCAGCUGCACGGGCACCCUCUCCUGUAUGUUGGUGCAGUACAAGUGAGACUAGUGUGUUUCUGCACCCAUCUUACAAGCAGAAAUGCUCUGAAGUUCUGUUACCGCUGCUGUCACCAAUCAGGCCUGCAAUUGUCCGCCGGCAAGUGUAUUUCCCUGACAGGCGUCUUAUACAAUUUGACUGUGGGAAACUGCAAGAACUAGCAAUUUUGUUGAGGAGAUUAAAAUCAGAAGGUCACCGAGCUUUGAUAUUCACCCAGAUGACAAAGAUGCUUGACAUAUUAGAGGCAUUCAUUAAUUUGUAUGGGUAUACAUACAUGCGCUUAGAUGGAUCAACCCAACCGGAGGAGAGACAGACCUUAAUGCAGCGCUUUAACACCAACCCCAAAUAUUUUCUUUUCAUCUUGUCAACUCGUAGUGGGGGUGUUGGUAUCAAUUUAGUUGGAGCUGACACAGUUAUUUUUUAUGAUAGUGACUGGAAUCCUGCUAUGGAUCAACAGGCACAAGAUCGGUGCCACAGAAUUGGUCAGACACGCGAAGUUCGUAUCUAUAGAUUGAUUAGUGAAAGCACCAUUGAGGAGAAUAUUUUGAAAAAAGCAAAUCAGAAGCGUGCACUUGAUAAUCUAGUUAUACAAAGUGGGGGUUAUAAUACUGAGUUCUUCAAGAAGCUUGAUCCUAUGGAACUAUUUUCAGGUCAUAGAACACUUUCAAUAAAAAAUAUGCCGAAGGAGAAAAACCAGAACAAUGGGGAAGUUUCUGUAACUAAUGCAGAUGUUGAGGCUGCAUUAAAAUGUGUAGAAGAUGAAGCAGAUUAUAUGGCUUUGAAGAAAGUUGAACUGGAAGAGGCUGUGGACAAUCAGGAGUUUACAGAAGAAGUCAUUGGGAGAUUUGAAGACGAUGAAUAUGUAAAUGAGGAUGAUGAGACUGCAGAAUUAGGUGAAUCUGUUUUGAAUUUAAAUAAAGAGAAUGCGUUAAUGUUAAAUGGAAGUGAUCAUAAGGAAGAUAGACCGCCACACUCUGUUGCUGGCAAAGAAGAUGAUCCUGACAUGCUGGCUGAAGUCAAACAGAUGGCUGCAGCUGCAGCUGCAGCUGGACAAGCUAUCUCAGCAUUUGAGAAUGAGCUACGCCCUAUUGAUCGAUAUGCCAUUCGUUUUAUGGAACUGUGGGAUCCAAUUAUAGAUAAAACAGCCUUGGAAUCUGAAGUCAGGAUUGAGGACACAGAAUGGGAGUUGGAUCGCAUUGAAAAGUACAAGGAGGAGAUGGAAGCCGAAAUUGAUGAAGAUGAGGAACCUCUUGUAUAUGAAAGCUGGGAUGCUGAUUAUGCAACUACGGCAUAUCGACAGCAUGUAGAGGCCUUGGCUCAACAUCAGUUAAUGGAGGAACUCGAAUAUGAAGCUAGACAGAAAGAAGCCGAGGAAACUUGUGAUUCUAAAAAGACUCAAACACCAGGGGAUUCGAAGCCCAAAUCUAAAAAGAAACCCAAGAAGGCAAAGUUCAAAUCUCUAAAGAAAGGAUCUUUAACCUCUGGCUUGAGACCUGUCAAAGAAGAGUCACAAGCAGAGCCUAUGAACAUAGAUGAUGAGGAUGUCACUGGUGUAGAUUUUCUGUCUCCAAAUUCAACCAAGCAGAAAAAACGUAAGAAGUCUAAAUUAACUACUGAUGGUGAAGAAGAAAAGAGACUUAAGAAGUCUAAAAAGUCCAAGAGGGAUCCUCCUGACAUUUAUGCUUCCGAUUUAGAAUCCAACUCAUUAGUUGUGCAGGAUGAACAUGCAGAAUCAAAGACUUGUGAAAGUCUGGUUGAUUUAGAACAGAAAACAGCAAGCAGGAGUAAGAUAGGAGGAAAAAUAUCCAUCACUCCUAUGCCUGUAAAACGGGUCUGGAUGAUAAAACCGGAAAAAUUGAAAAAGGGACAUCAUUGGUCCAAAGAUUGUAUUCCACCAGCUGAUUUUUGGCUGCCUCAGGAGGAUGCAAUAUUAUGUGCUGUUGUUCAUGAAUAUGGUCCUAACUGGAGUUUGGUUAGUGAAACGCUUUAUGGCAUGAGUGGUGGUGGGUCAUACAGGGGAAGAUAUCGUCAUCCUGUCCAUUGCUGUGAGAGGUUCGGAGAACUAUUCCAAAAGUAUGUCUUGCUGUCACUGGACAAUGCAAAUCAUGAGAAGAUCAACAGUCCAGGCUCUGGAAAGGCUCUUCUUAAAGUUACAGAGGAUAACAUUCGGAUGCUGUUAGAUGUUGCUUCUGAGCAGGUAAAUAGGGAGUUACUGCUGCAGAAGCAUUUUUUUGCAUUGCUUUCAUCUGUCUGGAAGGUGGCAUCACAUGUUGACCGCAGGCGAAAUCCAUUACCCACCUGCAAUGGUCUCUAUUUCGAUCAGAGUUUCUAUACUUCCAUUGGCCAGCCUUCACAAAAUUCCUUGAAGAAAUCCUCUAAAAGGAUGACAUUUACAAAUUUAGCCCAGAGCAAGAAGUUAGUAGCAGCUGCACUUGAUGAUAUCACAACUAGGCAAGUGAAUGACAAAGUCAUUCUCUCUAACCAAGGUGAAGACAUGCCAGUAAGUGCAGAUCAGCUGGAUAUAACACUGGAGUUCACAAAAGAGGAUAGCGACGUCCUAUCUUCAUUUCCAUCUGUUAUAAAUUUAUCAAUAAUUGGGACUGAACCAACACCAUCUUUAAAUAAGCAAACAGGAGAAGAUGAUCUUAAAGUUGGUUUGUUCAUUGCUGAGAAUCGUUUCAGGGAGGCAGCAAGAGUUUGUGAAGAAGACAGCUCUGGAUGGGCAUCAUCUGCAUUCCCAACCAACGAUGCAAGGUCUCGAGCUGGAUCCAGGAUACAAUCCUCCGGAAAGCAGAAGUCUUCCAUGUCCGACUCUUCUAAGCCUUCUAGGUCAAAGUCCAAAAAAGCUUCAAUGGAUCCUAGUGAAAUGCAUCACCAUCAGGCUGAUUCUAAAUUCCAGUCAAUGCCAUCACUCAAAGAUCUGAGAAUUGAUCUCACUUCAUUAACUACUGAUGAAGUUGGAAUUGAUAGUAUGGGUAGCAUUUUCUCCUUUGACUUGAAUGGGGAAAGUUCAUUGGAAAUGGAGAGUGUUGGAAUGAUCCCACAUGAUUAUGUUGCUGGUUUAAUCUCAGACCUUGAUGAUUGUACAGCAUUCCCUGAAUAUACUGACAUUAGAUAAGGAUCAAAUCAAGCCUGAAAUGCAGUUUUGAAAUGACCUUUGGCUUACAAAGUGGCUUACUCUUGGCGAGUUAGUCUUGAUCAGUUCAUGAAUUGCUGUUGGUUUACAAUUGGAACAAUGCGUUCUUGAAGUUCUCUCGUAGGCAUGCCAUUUUUGGAUAUACAGACAAACAAGUCAAAGGCAAGCCUGCUGAAGGUUUCGAUAUGAAAAUAUGUAGAGAUGUAGAACGCUGUCAAUAAUUUAAUUUCAUACUUGGAAUUAUGUAUUGGCUUGGGGGUUCAGCAUGAAGUUUGACAGCGCCAUUCUCCCAUAGAUCGGUACUGGUUGGUAAGAAGCUUUCAUUUUCUCUUCCCUCUAAUGGUGCACAUGGAUUUGCCUUGGAUGUUUUGCAUGCUCACGUACAUAUGUUUUUAGCUGGGGCAUGCCUAGGGUUUAGUUCUUUAACUUGCAACAUUUUGUUAUGCAAACAGAACAAUUUAGUCUUUUAGUGGCUAGUACAUUAGUCCCAUUCAUUUAGAACAACACUUCACAUGAUUUAACAUGAGUUUUACACCAUCUAUAUGCUUGGAGUCUAAUAUACAUAUUUUAAAAUGAUGUUUCCCUUUCUUCCCCGGUUCAAGGAACGAUGUUAAGUGAUUCUAACA